UAUGGAUGGUUAUUUAUUCGAAAAAGGAAAUAAAGAAGUUUCGGAAAAGGACUGUAGGUGUUUACCUUGUUUAAAUAAAGAGAAGCUACUGGAAACCACUCACCAAACAAAAGUUAAACGACCAUUAGUGUUAGGAUCGUCAGUUAAGGAGAUUAAAUCUCAAUAUCGCAAACUAAGUAAAAAACACCAUCCUGAUAAAGGGGGAGACCACAAAACUUUUAUGAAAAUUGCUAAAGCGUAUGCAGCUCUGACAGACGAAGAGUCUCGUAAGAAUUGGGAGGAAUAUGGAAAUCCUGAUGGACCUACAGCUACAAAUUUUGGUAUUGCGUUACCAAUCUGGAUUGUAGAAAAGCAAAACUCUAUGUGGGUUUUAGGAUUAUACGCUCUCGUUUUUAUGAUUAUUUUACCCGUUGUCGUUGGUACUUGGUGGUAUCGUUCAAUUCAAUUUAGUGGAGACCAAGUACUUUUGGACACUAUGAAAUUUUAUGGGCAAUUUUUUAGUAGAACACCUAAUAUGACUCUGAAAAGAAUUUUAAUGAUAUUAGGCGGCAGCUUUGAAUUUUCUAAAUUCUAUAACAAGGAUAUCAUUGACAGAGAAUCGGAUAAUAUAGAAAUACCUCAAUUGAUGAAAGAAUUACCUAAUCUUAAUGAAAAGAAUAAGGAAAAGCCAUUUAAUCUAUCUUAUAGUUUGAAAGCUAGAGCUUUAAUUCACGCUCAUUUGGGUAGAAUAUCCCUUCCUCCUACAACGUUAGAGAAUGAUAAAAACUACGUUUUAGGAAAGUCAUUAAAUCUGGUCAAUGAAAUGAUAAAAGUGAUUACUCAAGUUAUUAGUUAUUUCAAAACGACGCCAGAUAUGCAACAUAAAGCUCCAAGAUUGAACACUGUUGAAUAUUGUAUAAAAAUUUGUCAAAUGUUAGUUCAAGCCCUGUGGGAUACAAAAAGUCCUCUGCUGCAAUUACCCCAUAUAACAGAAAAAACGCUAUCCCAUUUUGUAACGAAACGUAGAUGUAUAAAGACAAUUAAACAAUUUGUAGAAAUGAAAAGUAAAGAAAGACGAGCGUUAUUAAGAACCUUAAGUGAUGCUGAAUAUAGAGACGUGAUGAAUGUUUGCGCAAGAAUGCCGGAUAUAGAUUUAAAAGCGGAGGUUGCCGUUAACGAUGAAGAGGAUAAUUCAAUUACUGCAAAUUCUAUUGUAACAGUUCGUGUGAUUCUAGAAAGAAAACCAUUAGAACCAAAUGAGAGUGAUGAAGAAGAUGAGAAAAGAGAAGACGCUGGAGAUAAGAUGGAAGAAGAAAAGGAAAAAGUUGAUGAAAAAACAAAACCUUUGUGGCAGAAAGCUCAGAAAACGAAAAAGAAAAAAGCUAAAAAGCCCAGAAAAGCAGGAACACGCACGGUUCUUGUACCUGUUGUGAAUAGAACAGAAAAGCUCGCUGAGGUAGCAUCGAAAGAUAAAAUAAAGAAAAAAGAUGAGAAUGAGAGUGGGGCAAGUGAUGAAAGUGAUAACGAUUCCGAAGACAGUCCAGAAGCAAAGAGAUCACCAAAACCAAUGAAAAAGAAGGAAGACAAUGACAGUGAUUCAGUAGAUGAUGCAAAUGAUUCUGAAGAAAAUAAUGAGGACGAUAACGAGGAAGAGGAUUGGGUAGGAAAAUUUUCAGACGAAACGAAGAAAGAGAAUUCCUUUGAAACUAAAUCAAAAGAAACUCAUUUAGUUCAUUGUCCCUAUUAUCCGUUAGAUAAAUACGAAUGGUGGUACCUAUACGUAGCAGAUAAAAAAAAACAGCAGCUCAUUUCUAUGCCUAAGCAUGUUCAAAGUUUAAAAGAUUAUGAGGAAGUGGAGUUACAAUUCGCGGCUCCUACAAAGCCUGAUGUAUAUACCUAUUCUGUUUGUUUAAUGAGCGAUUCUUACAUGAGUUUCGACCUAACCAAAACAAUAAAGUUGGAUGUUAAAAAAGCUAAGCAAGUCCUUGAUCAUCCUCAAUGGCAGAAAAUCGACGAAGACGAGGGCAAAGAAAAUUCAAGUAAUGACGAUGAAGAUUCCUCAGAUAAUGAUGACUAUGAUGAUUCCGAUGACUAA